AUGACACCCAUAUACCACAACCUCGCUGGCGUUCCAGAUAAAGCCGGAAGAGCCAACAGAUACACGACUACGGGCUUGAAGAGAGAUGGGUACCAGAAGAGUGUUUACGAGUUGCACGACGGUCACCAGUUAAAUGCGGAACAAGGUCAGAACAACUUGAUGUUCAUCAAGUUCGUCGGCCGCAGCCCCGAGGAAAAGAGUGAACUGGAGCGGUUUGCCAAGGAAGAAGUUUCCCUGGGUGAAGAUACUGCUUUUGAGUCAAUCGUUCGUUACAAGGACUACAUUAAAGAGCAAGACAUGCUGGUGGUCGAAGAAGCGGACUGGAGGGGCAUCGAGCCUGGAACAUACAUGUCUGAUGAAGAACUAUUGUAUCUGGCCAAGGACAUUCUGUCUGCGCUUACGUAUCUCCAUGAUCGGGGCCAAGUGCACGGGUAUGUUCACCCGAGUAACAUCAUUCCCUUCGAGCGCCCUGAGACUGCCGACCCAGACAAGCGCAGGGGAUUCAAGCUUAUCGGCCAUGGACUUGUGCCAAAGGUCAUAUGGACUUGGAAAGAUCUUCCCGGAAGACGGUUCACCCCGCCAGAGUUCCGCAACAAGAAGCGUGAGUAUCAACCGACGAAAGAGAGUGAUGUGUGGAUGCUUGGACAGACUUUGAUUGAACUGCACUCGUACGGCCGCUCGGCGAGGCCACAAUAUGGCAAUUUGGUCUGGGGAUCUCACGAUUGGCCGGCCACUUUCACAGAACUAAGAAUGGACGCGGCUGGGCGUUGUGAUGAGCACCGACAUUGUCAACUCAGCGAAUUUUUGAAGAAGAUGCUGGAGCCGAACCCUCGCAGCAGGAUGAAGGCUGAGGUUGCGCUUGACGAUGUUGUUAGCUGGUAUCUGCAACUGUCGUUAACAGAGGAAUUGCAGGCUUUGGAGGAAGUCAAGAAGAGGAAAUGA